AUGCAAGAUCACAAGAGUGUGCUAACUCAAACUGUUGAUAAAAUUAUAACACAAAAGAUUGAGGAAACAGACUGCAAUAUUAAGCCUAUCAAUAAACUCUUAAUACAGGAGAUUAGAACGGGUUUCAAAGCUUAUAUAGAAAAGCUAGAUGAACAAUACGAUUCUGAGUCAGAUUUCAAUUUUAUAUAUAUUCCCAAACCCACAGUUAAAAAUCCUGUUGCUACUAAUAAUAUCAUAGGAUAUCCAAGUGUGACGAUGUGA